UCCCGAUCGAAAGUUCAGUUCGAAACUCCCCCAUCCUCGGAGUUGGAGGUUGGAACAGAACCGAGCGGCCACCGCCGGACGGAGGAGGAGAGGAGACGGCGGCCGGAGCGGCCGAAGAGAGCCUUGCAGGCGUAGCGUAGACAGCCGAGUUCGCCAUGAGGAGGAGGCUGCUGCAGUUCCAGUCCCUUGUCGCGCAGCACGCCCUCCGCGGGGUCCCAAAACCCAGACCCCAGCUCCAACCCCACCACCACCGCCUCCUCCUCCACUUCCCCUCGGCUCCGUCACCCGCACCCCCCUCCCCGUCGGCUCACCUCCUAUGGAAUCGCCUCUCCGGGGACACCGCUUCCGCCCUCCUCCCGAGGAGCGCGGCGGCCGUCGCAGCGUCCGCGCGGACCGCUGCUUCCCGGUGGUUGGCCGCCUCCUGCAGCGCCGGCUCCCUCGAUCUCUUCUCGCUGCAGCAGCGACGGGAGGACCAGCGGUCGGGGCGGCAAUUCGCGUCGACCAUCUUUCUCCAAGGCGCGCCCUGGGCGUACGCGUACUGGACGCAGUCCCCCGACGAGGUGGUGUUGACACUCGUCGGCGUGAAUGUGGCUGUCUUCAUGCUCUGGCGUGUGGCUGAUCCGGGGUUCAUGUGGAGGCAUUUCAUGAUUUCGCUGGACAAUUUCAAAAGCGGACGGUUGCACACCUUGCUCACUAAUGCUAUCAGCCACUUUGAAUCGGAUCACCUGAUCUCCAAUAUGAUUGGCCUCUACUUCUUUGGGACAAGUAUUGCGAGGACGUUUGGUCCGGCUUUUCUGUUGAAGUUGUAUGUAGCUGGAGCACUUACUGGAUCGGCAUUCUUCUUGCUAGAGAAGGCUUUUCUAGCUCCAAGGAAACAGGAUGGAAGGGAUACUUCAAGAGCUCCUGCACUUGGUGCCAGUGCUGCAGUCAAUGCAACUAUCCUCCUUCAGAUUUUUCUGAAUCCCAACGGGCUGGUCUAUCUUUACUUCCUAAUUCCUAUCCCAGCUGCAUUUAUGGGGGCUGCUUUGAUUGGUACUGAUUUGUAUAGGGUCAAGAAGGGUAAGGGCCGUAUAUCAGGUUCAGCUCAUUUGGGUGGUGCCCUUGUUGCUGCUCUUGUGUGGGCUCGAAUUAAAGGCUGGAUCUGAUCCUCGGGCUUUAAUAUAAGUGGACCAAAAGUGCAAAGGCAACCAUCUGCGCUCACCUUGUGCCCCCUAGGUUGAAAUUUGCAUUUGUUGUCAUCUGCUGACUCGCUGACAUUGAGGGAUGGCUCCUAGAACAUGCAUGCUACUUAUGCGGAGGAUUUUUUUUUAGAUAAUGGGAAAAGAGUACCCAGCUUUGAUCUCAAAAGAGGCUACGGCUGCGCAGGAUAAUGUGGUAGCGGGUAUUGUCAACACUGACUGAUUUUUCUAGCGGCUUUAUUCUGGCAAUGACUGCCCCUAAAACGGAAGAAGAACCCGAAUCCCAGUUGGCACGUUUUAACUUCGAGUAUAUGAGGCUACGGCUGGCCUACGGUUGCUGUCUUUCUGAUAGAAAGUGGGGAAGAGAAUGGCGAAGAACUGUAUGAAUGGUUCAAGAAAGCGUGUUGAAAGAUUCAUGUACCAGAUCCUACUUAUCUAUGCAAUCGCAGCUGCUACUGUAGGCAAAGGUUUCCCUCUCUUGUCCAUGCUACUUGUCAUAACUGAUGUUCGAAGGUGCUACUCGUCAUCAGAGCGUUAGGCCA